AAUAGCCCAAUUUGUUUUCUCAUUUUUCAAACAAAACAGACAGUCAAAGAGAGGAAGAGCGUGACAGAGAUGGCAGUAUCUGAUGCCGUGAUUGGGAAUUUGACGACGAUCUACAUAGCAGUUAUAGCAGGAAUCAAGGCAUACGGACUGGUGUCUGGACGGAGCUUCAGUAGUGGUUUUGUGCUGAUUGCAUCAACCACGGUAGUGGGUGCCAUCUUGAUUGGAACGCUGACGUGGGACGUGUCACGUAAAGCCACCUAUGUAAUUACUCGUGAUCAUCACGUGCACAGCCACGAGAUAUGCAAGGGUGGCAUUUGCUGGCACGGUGUGGCGGUGAGGUCACCGGCAUCUCAGGUCCGGUUCCGGCUGCCUCAGCAAGUUCCGUACGGUGCUUUAUAAAUAAAAAAAAAGGAUCAGGUUUAAUAUAGUGUAAGAUAGAUGUAUAUAUAGAAUAUGUUUUUGGGUGGUUGGUGUUCGUUGCCGAAGCCACGAGGUGUUUGCGUUUUUGAUUGAGAGGAAUAAGGAUUAUUAUAUAUGUAUAAUUAUAAGAUAUACGGAAUGGAAUAAAGUAAGUUUUGUGUAUAAAUGAAUAUGAUGACGCAGAAAGCAUGUUUGUUGAAGCUUUUAUUUAACCCUCGAGUUUUGCUUUAAA